AUGAACGAAGCUUUGAGCCGCGAAAAGAAUAAGUUGAAGGAGGAAGUCAACUUGUUGCAGGAGAAAAUCCAAAGAUUGGAAAAGUCUUCAGAGCAUCUAGAGAUGGACAAAUUUCGAACGGAAAAUGAAAAUGAAAUGUUGAGAAAAGAAAAUUGCGAUUCGAAGCGAAGAGAAAUGUUAUUGGAAGAGGAAUUGGAUGGAUUGAAGAUGAAAUAUAGUGCUUUGCAGAGCGAAAAUACAGAUUUGAAACUACUCAACUCUGAGUGUCGUGUUCAGGUGAAAUCUUUGAAAGAAACGAUGGAUAAUUUCGAUUCGACUUUGGGACGACUUCGAGGGAAGUUUGAGGACAACUUUGAGGUUUCGUUACGGUCGAUGAUCAAACAGGAAACGAGCUUGAGCAACAUUGAGGAUAAAAUUGCAGAUUUUUUGACGAUGAGUAACCGGGGAACGGAAUGCGCCGAAAAUUUGCAACGACUCGCAGGAAAUCCAUUAGAAGAUAUGACUCGUCAGAUGGAGCUGAAUAGCAGUAAAAUCGAGAAGUUAAUGGCAGAGAAUGACUCCUUGUCGAUUGUAUGUUUAACUUUACAGAAUGGUCUGCAAAUUCGUAUUUCCAAUAAGAUCUGUUUGUUAUAG